UAUAUAGCUCCGGCCCCCCUCUCGGUCACGGCGUCUCGCCUCACUCCCCAAUCUCUAAACCACACUACGCCAAAGGGGGAGUGGGAGGAGCGCGCCUUCGAUCGAUGUCUGGCUCCGGCGAUCGUCGCGGCGGCGGGCCUCCUGGCCCCGAUGCUGGCUGGGAAACCAUUGGUAAGAAGUCCAAGAAACCAGCGCAACCAGCUGGGAGACAGUGGGCACCAUCGGGUUCCACAAAUGCUGCACCUAACGCAGCAUGGUCAGCAUGGGGUGGCAAUGGUUCGUCACACACUCCUGGAACCAGUUGGGUUCAAUCUGCAGAUCGCGGUGCUGCUAACAGAGGCAAUCCAAGACCACCACCACAAACAAAGGCUAUGGAAAGAGAACUGCAAGCACCACGCCCUUUUGUGACUCCACCUCUGGCCAACGGUUGGCAGUGGCAAUCCAGGUCUCGUCCAUCUGGUUCUGAAGGUGCGAGGGAUGAUAUUCCAACACCUGGUGGUGACCCUGAGGUUGAGGAUGUCAAUUGCAAUGAUUCAUCCGAUGAUGAUGAUGAUUUGAGCGAUGAUGUCAGUGAUGAUGAUUCUGAUGCUAGUGAGAAAAGUUUUGAGACUCGAAAAAUGAACAAGUGGUUCAAAGGUUUCUUUGAAGUCUUGGAUACAUUGAGUGUCGAACAGAUAAAUGAACAGGCUAGGCAAUGGCAUUGUCCAGCAUGCAAAAAUGGACCUGGGGCGAUUGACUGGUACAAAGGGCUGCAGCCUUUGAUGACUCAUGCUAGAACAAAGGGUUCUACAAGGGUUAAGCUUCACCGAGAAUUGGCUGCAUUGCUGGAAGAGGAGCUAUCUCGCAGGGGUACUUCGGUGGUACCAGCUGGUGAACAGUUCGGGAAAUGGAAAGGACUGCGAGAAAGCACUGAUCGUGAGAUUGUGUGGCCACCAAUGGUUAUUGUCAUGAAUACCUUGUUGGAAAAAGACGACGAUGAUAAGUGGAAGGGCAUGGGGAACCAAGAGCUCCUCGAUUAUUUCGGUGAAUAUGCAGCGACUAAAGCACGUCAUUCCUAUGGUCCUGCUGGGCACCGUGGGAUAAGUGUGUUAAUAUUUGAAAGCUCGGCUGUUGGCUAUAUGGAGGCGGAACGUCUGCAUAGGCACUUUAUUACGCAAGGUACAGACAGAAAUACAUGGCAGCUCCGCCGGGUUCCAUUCGUUCCUGGUGGGAAAAGACAAUUAUAUGGUUUCUUAGCAAACAGAGAGGAUAUGGAGUCGUUCAACAAACACUGCCAAGGGAAAACCCGACUGAAAUAUGAGAUGAGGUCUUACAGUGAGAUGGUGGUGAUUCCAAUGAAACAGAUGAGUGAGGACAACCAGCAACUGAAUUAUCUGAAGAACAAGGUGGUUAAGACAGAGCAACGCUCUAAAGCAGUUGAAGAAACCUUGGGUGUUGUUACUCAAAGGCUUCGUGAGACUAUGGAAGAGAAUCAAUUUGUCAGGGAUAAAGCCAAAGAGAAGCACUUGGAGUAUGAGCAAGAGAUGAAAUACCAGGAGGAAUUUUUCCAUAAUCAAAUUGAGAGUAUUCACAAGAUCACAGAGGCCAAAGAAAAGGAGUUUGAAAAGUUGCUGCAGGAGGAACGUGCAAAGGCUAGGCACUUUGAUGUGGAGUCUGGAACUACUGAAGAUCGAAGGCUAAGGAAGGAACAAUGUCAAUUGCUGUUUUCCAUUCUCAGUCCCUGCUGUCAUGUGCAGGAAGGAACAUGUGCAGAAGUUUAUCGAUGGCCAGGUUAAGGAUGUGGCAGAGUUUGAGGCUGAACGGGAUGACUUGAUCAAAGCCCACGAGGAGAAGAAGAUGAAGCUGAAGAAAGAGUACAUGGAGAAGGAGCUGGAGCUUGAGAAGGAGCUCGAUGCUGCCCUGACAGGCCUGAUGGAGAAGCACAAGCCGGACACCUUCCAGGCCUCCAGCUCGUGAAGAGCUAGCUGCCUCGGCUUGUGUUGAGUCCCCUGCUUGGAGCAAUCUCUUUGAUGUUGAUGCUCCAGAAAGCAUUCCGUAGAUGAUGCUAAAACUUGGUCCGCUUGCGUGAUCUGGGAACUUGAACCUGCGCAGCGUCGUUAUAUGGUUGCCGUAGUAUAUCUCUGUCGUAGUGUGUGCAUCGAGCUUAUGAAAGACUCUGGGCAAGCUUGAGAACUCCUACUGGAAUAUGGUAUCUAGUUUAUCAUCUAUGAUCCUGCGUUUUAAUUCAGAAGCGAAGUGAUGGUUAUAUAUC